AUUGUAGGGCUGCGUUCAGAAUAAACAUCCGGGUGCACCGAGGUAUCAUUUUAUCUUUCUUGUUUAUCGAACAUUAACACUGGAGCUGGUGGUGAAAACGAGGGGAAGAAGUAAACGGAAGUUUCGCCGAACCCAAAUAUCGGUUUUUCUCGCGUAACACAUUUUCUCAUUUCGUGCCACAUUUCGAGGCAGCGUUGUAUAAGCUUGCGUAACUCGAGUAACUUCACGUCGGUGUGAUUCGCGCGCGUGGUCGUCGUCCGAACGAUUUCCUAACCUCGCGCUGGGCGGGCGAGCGCGGGCGAGCGAACUCGUGGUCGUAACGUGACGAGAGAACAUCGCAGCGGAAUCAGGGUCGCGCGAUUUGGAUAACGUAGAGCAUACUCUGAUCCGGUAACAGAACAGAGGAGCCGCGCAGAAGAAUGAGCCCGCUGAAUAGGGGGCCGCUCAUGGGGCCCAGAUUACCGCCGGCCGGCAUGCGUCAGCUCCCACCACCCAGGUUUCCACCAGCUAGACUAGCACCCCACGGUAUCCCGCGAAUGCGGCCGCCGCCGUUGAAUCCAAUGUUCAGCCUAGGCGGCCCCCGGCAGAGGAUGCCGCCGCUACCGCCGAGACCUGCCGGCGGGGUGACACGGCCCAACGGCAUGCUGCCGAGGUUCCCGCCCGGCGGUCCCAGAGCACGCGGCAUGGCGCCUAUCGUGCCGUCGAUGGGACCACGUGGCUCUGGACCACCUCGCGGGCCUCCCAUGCGAGUGUGGCCUCGCCGAAUGCCGCCUCCACCGCCGCCACCACAGAUGAUGCCGCCACAAAUGAGGUUCAAGUACGGCGCGGGUCACAAUGGAAAUGCCAAGGGCAAAGCCAUGGGUAACCCAAAGAAAGAACGCAAGCUCGAAGAAUUAGAAUUAAAAAAGCCAUGGAUGACAGAUGAAAUUCGUAAUGAGAUUCAAAGAAAAAACAAACUGUACGCUAAGGCAAAAAAGAACAAAGCUGCAGUAGAAUGGGAAGAAUUUAAGGAUCUUCGAAACAAAGUAACGAGGAUGAUAAGAGAAGCAAAAAAUGAAUACCUUGCAAAACAUCCUGAACAGGCUCAUCUGCAUCCGGACGAAGAGCCGAACGAUCAAAGAGAUGAAAAUUAUGUCAGUUCUGACGACGACGACGACAACGACGAUGACGAUGCCAACGCCAACGUGUCGUAUUAUUGCGAGGUCUGCGAUAGAGAUUUCUCAUCCGAGAAUGAUCUCUCUGAACAUAAAAGCACACAUACGAAGUGUGGAAUUGAUGGCUGCACGUUUUCGGCACAUCCUUUGCUCGUUGAAAAGCAUAUUAAUAUGCAGCACCGUACUGGUUUGUACCAAAGAAUGAAGGAUUUAUCGACGCCGGAAGAUAUCGAGAAAUGGAUAAUGGAGCGGAAAAAAAGAUAUCCCACGGAAGAAAAUAUAAAAUUGCGCAAGGCAGAAGAGCUAGAAAAAAUACAGAGAGGAGAAGUAAUCAAGCAGAAUUCUAAUGUACAAACGAAAACAAGGAAGUUACGUGAGAAAAAACGUAAAUUUCGCAAACGACGUACGCGUGAAAUUAACAACAGUUAUAUUGAUAUGGAGGAAACGUACCGAGGUUUACGCCCGUUUGCUGGAAUAGCUAUUUUGCAAGAUGAUGAUGCGGCUUGCUUAGAUGAACAGGAGGGACAAACAAGUGAAAAAUUUAUCGACAAUAUCUCAGAUGAAGAUGAACUACCACAAACAUCUAUGGCACCUGAGCCCAUUAAUUUACCUGUAAUCAGUUUGCCUACAUUAUCUUUAGUAGCGGAUUAUGAAAGUGAAGAUGAUGAAAUGCCGGAAGAAGUGCCGAUAAAAAAAAUAAAAACGGAGGACCUGCAAGAUGAUAAGCCAACAGAAAAUACAAAUGGAGAAAAUGCUACGCAAGUUUGUAAAGAGACUUUUAACAUGCAAUCUUGUACCGACACGGGUGAUAAAUCAAAUAACAAACCUCAAAAUACUACCUCAAAAAAUCAAGAUAAGCAAUAUCGCGAAACAAAUCGAACUGACAAUAUGAUUAGUAACAAAAAUGAGAAAUUUAUAAAGAAAUAUCGCAAUAAGUUAUUAGAGAAACUACUUUCGCGUUCUAUACAACAUGAGAGAAAUUUAAUUUGCCAGUGUGUGAAAUAUAUUAUAGAAAAUAAUUUCUUUGAUAUAAAUUAAUCUGAAAUAGUAAUUAUGAAAAUAAUCCAGAAAUAAUUUUACAUUUAGACUUCAGGUUUUUUUUUAGCUAUGAGCAUAUUUUCAAAGUAUAAAUGUAAAGUUUUAUAAUUAUGAUAAAAGGGACUGUGAUAUUAAACCGAGAUAUAAUUUUUGAUAUAAAUUAAUCUAAUAAUAAUAAUAAUUAUGUAAAAUAAUCUAGAAACAAUUUUAUAUUUACAGAUUUUAGUUUUUUUUUUAAGCAUAUAAGUAUAUUUUCAAGUACAAGAUGUAGAAAGAUUUAUAAUUAUAAAGAAAAGAGAGAUUUGUGUGAUAGUGAAGUAAAAUAUAUAUUUUUUAAAUUAUAA